AGAUGCGCAGUACUCGGAGCAUGUGUGUGUUGUCGGAUAUUCGGCCAGCAGACAGAGUGGACGGUUGCCGGAGACUGCGACUGACCCUGCAUGAGCAGAACAAGCAGCAGCCAACCACAGGAAAGCCAAUCGGAAGAGCGUUCGCCUUGGUGCAGCCGACCAGCGAGAGGCAGCCUCUGAAGACAGAGCCAACCAAAACAGAAGAAAACGUUGAAGUCAUCAAGGUCUACCUGGAGGCACAGAAGCGGGAACAGGACAGGAAUCAGCAGAGCUUGAGGAUGCUUGAGGAUGAGGUUUCACAAAUCCAGGAGGUGCGAUACUGUUUGAAGAGCCUGAGGGAGCAAAUGGCAGCUAAAGGGAACCACAGACCUGAGCACAAGGUGCACUUGGUUCGUAAUGGUCUGAGCAAAAGCAGCGGCAGUCUUAUAUCAGAAUCGUUUACACAGUACAAUGAAGACAAACAGGAGUGUGUGGACGAGCAGGAGCGAGCAAGGAUGAGGGAGGUCAGUAAGCGACUGUUGUCUCAGAUGCAGGAUACAGAGAAGAAACACCAGGAAGAGAAGGACAAAUUACAGGCCGAGGCGGGACAGUACAAACGACAGUUGUCCGAACAGAGUGACCAGCUAAGGGACGCUCAACUAAAGGCACAUGAGCAGGAUCAGCGAAUAAGAGAGCUUCAACGGCUGAUGGGCGGCAUGGAACAGGAGAGCUCCACUCUGAGAGAAGACCUAAUGACCAGGGAAUCUGAACUGCUGCGAAUCCGGGAACUGAAGGAAGAGGGCCACACUGACAGAGAGAGGUUGGAAGAGUUGGAGAAGGACAAUGCCAUCCUGAGAGAAAAGAUACAUCACCUGGACGACAUGCUCAAGAGCCAGCAAAGGAAACUCAGACAGAUGAUUGAGCAGUUGCAGAACUCGCGCAUGCUGAUUCAAGAGCGUGACCGCAAAAUUAAAGAACUGGAGGAGAAAGUUGCUUUCCUAGAGGCGGAGAACAGAGAGCUGCGGGAUCAGAUGGAUUACUUUGUAGGUAACCAGAGGUCCAACUCCGGACUGUUGUCAGAUUCCAAUUCUCAGAUCGUCUACAGCAAGCCUCUGAAGCCGUCCACUCAAAGCAACAAGAGCCUGCCGUACAUUAAAGUCAUAGAGAUCAAAUCGUGAGCAUCGCUACGCCGACAUCAGAUUCUGAGAGAUUCAUCAAGUCGAAAAAACGGCUCCGUUGUUCACGAGUGGUCCACGAUAUUUUCUGCACAGAAAUUAACGACUUCACGACUGCAGCUCAACACCACAUGUAUGCAUGUGUUAAAUAGCUCAAUUAACACGUGCAUAGAAUUUCAGUUCUCUUUUAUUAUUUCAGUGUUUUUACGAACAUGCUCUUAUUGACGUGGACUCCACUGAAGUGCCAGUUUAAAGAUUUAGAGUAGACUAAUAUGUGCUAAAAUAGAGAAAAACAGAAUAAACAACGUAGUGCAGAAGCAAAGAUGACGAUGAUGCAGAGACGGAGAGGGAGCAAAUGGGUUCCUUUUAAGCCAGACCUCUGAUUACAAUAACGUACUGUUCCUGUCCGAAUGGAUAGACGGGGGAAAGAAUGUGGCGCACAAAGCCUUUCACCUUAUCUUUCACUUUCUUAUCUUCAUUUUGCUCAGAAGUUGUAUCAUUAAAAAUAUUUUGUAUCAGAACUAAUGCUAUUCGUACAAUAACAUUUGAAGCAAAUGUUAGAGAGAACAAGGAGUUUUACAGUAGCAUUCGUCUAAAUGAAGGAAGAAAAUAAAUCUCUACGAAUGUGAUUAUAAAACAAUCCACGCACCAGACAAGGUGUCCUCAAACAGUUCCAUUAUGCAGGGAGAAAAACAAGAUGAGCAAGCAAGCGCCAGCCUGUGGUUUAUUCUACCAUGCCAACAAUGUUUGGCUCUCUAGAUCUGGAACAAGCUGAAUGUUCAGAUUUCUGGGCCCUAUUUACAUUUAAAAAAAAAACUACACUCACUGGGUACAGAUUAGUCCUAAUCCUAAAUGGUACUCCUAGUAUAGGACAGUUAAGAAUCACAGACGUCUUAAAAUUAUGUUAACAAUUUAUUUUUUAAAGCAGUUCUGCCUUCUAGCAGCAUCAUAUUAGGGCUGUGCGAUAUGACAGUAUAUAUCAAUAUUGUGAUAUUUACAGCUGUACUAUGUAUGUAAAGUUUUCUGCUAUGAAUUAAAGGAGUAACAUGAUUGAAAAUACUAUAUUAACAAUAUUAAACAUUGAAAAUACUCAAUUCAGCUUUAAAAGCCUGUAAUUGUAAUUCAAUUUCCCUCAGUUCUCCUGCCAGAGCAGUUGAUUUUUCAGUAGGUCAGAAGUUUGUGUCACAUAUCAUGAUCAGUUUUUGUGCUAUUGCCCAGUUCUAUAUCAUGAAAAAUAAACAAGCAGGCUUGCUCCCAAACACUUUACUUACUCAUAACCACUCCCAUACGACAGAAUAAAAUUAUGGUAGUAAAUACUAACCCAGACGAAUUUACAUGCAUUUCAGUUUGCUGAUGUUUCAUCCAUCAGAUUUUUGUACAUAUUGUAUAUUUGGGAAAUCUUUCAGCACCUGUGUUGAAAUCUGUUUUUCUGUAACUGUCCUUUAAAGGGCUUCGACUAUGCACUUACUGCAUCAUUUCACUCCUUUAUUUAAUAUAAGAUUAUUUUUGUAGUGAAUCCUGAGUGGAUUAGAAGUGAUGUAUAAUUAACUGCAAUUUUAUUUAUUUGUUUUAAUAAAGUGAUUUUUGUUUCAGGA